AUGGCCAGUACACACAGUUCAUCAAUUCUUGAUCUUUCAUUUGCCAUGGAUUGCACAGGUUCAAUGGGCGCAUAUAUAAAAAGUGCUACUGAUAACAUUCGUUCCAUUGUCGACGAAAUCGUAUCGAAAGAAAUGACUAAUAUUCGAUUAGCACUAGUAGAGUACAGAGAUCAUCCUCCACAAGAUACUACAUUCGUCACUCGUGUGCAUAACUUCACCGACAAAGUUCAAGAAAUGAAAGCAUGGUUAGAACAGUGCAGUGCUCAAGGUGGUGGUGAUACACCUGAAGCAGUGGCAGAUGCACUUCAUGAUAUUUUGAAACUUUCAUGGCGCUCUGAGGCAACCAAAAUUUGUGUUCUCAUAUCCGAUGCACCUCCUCACGGUCUCAAACAAUGCGAUGACAGUUUUCCUGAUGGAUGUCCACUUGGUCAUGAUCCACUAAAAAUAGCUCGAGAGAUGGCUGAGAAAAAUAUUACACUGUAUGUAGUAGGCGUCGAGCCACCAAUUUUGCCUUAUCGUGAAUUCUUUAUGGCACUUGCACACAUCACUGGCGGACAGUAUGUUCCUAUGAUGAAUGCUAAUCUAUUGGCUCAAAUGAUCAUCGCUGGAGUACGUGAAGAAAUAUCACUAGAUCGUGUUAUGAAUAGUUCUCGGAAAGACAUCAUUAAAGUUAUACAAAAAGCAACGUCGGAUGGAGUCGACGAUCAGGAAACGGCCAAACGACUUCAAAAUGUCUUUAUUUCGAAGAAAAUACAAGUUAAUCGAAUGAAAAACGAAGCUGGAGUACCAUCUAAGGAAGCUGAAGAAUGUUAUGCAAAAUGCGCUGAUAUGGCUGAUAUGCAGAGUAAAUAUAAAAAGACAGAACCAACCUCAACUACACAUGUAGCUUCAAUGGACUAUGGGCUGCAAGAAGAAGAGAAUGUAACUGUUGAACAGGCAAAACGUAUUCUACAAAAGGCUAAAAAUUGGGAAAUUCCAUCUAGUAAAGAAGGACACCAAACUGAAAGGAAAUCUUUUACAACUUCCCAUCGCUCAAGAAAGAGUGAAGACACACAGAGAGAUCAUAGUACACCAUGCAAAUAUGGCUCUAGUUGUUACGAUCAUACUGAUUAUCAUCGAGCAAAAUACUAUCAUCCCGAAGGCAAUAAACGACAAGGGAUGCGAACCAAUCAGCAAACAUCAUGCAAAUAUGGCUCUAGUUGUUACGAUCAUACUGAUUAUCAUCGAGCAAAAUACUAUCAUCCUGAAAGUGAUACGAAACAAAAAACACAAAAUAUUCAACAUACACCAUGUAAAUAUGGUUCCGGCUGUCGUGAUCGCAGUGAAUAUCACCGAGACAAAUAUUACCAUGCUUGA